GCAACAUGGCCUGGCCCAGCCUAGCCUGCUGCCUGCUCGGCCUCCUGGCGCUGACCUCGGCCUGCUACAUCCAGAACUGCCCGCUGGGCGGCAAGAGGGCCGCGCUGGACCUCGACGUGCGCCAGUGCCUCCCCUGCGGCCCCGGGGGUAAGGGGCGCUGCUUCGGGCCCAGCAUCUGCUGCGGAGAAGAGCUGGGCUGCUUCGUGGGCACGGCCGAGGCGCUGCGCUGCCAGGAGGAGAACUACCUGCCGUCGCCCUGCCAGUCCGGCCAGAAGCCAUGCGGGAGCGGGGGCCGCUGCGCCGCGGCCGGUAUCUGCUGCUACGAGGACGGCUGCCGCGCGGAUCCCGUCUGCGACCCCGAGAACGCCUUCUCCCAGCGCUGA